AUGACUACGGCUCACAGGCCCACGUUCGAUCCCGCACAAGGAAAGGAGGCCCUCCGCGGCCCUGCGUACCACCAGCGUCUUCUCCCGGCUUAUACGCACCUGAAGACACGUCAAUUCGGUCAGGGUAGUGAAGUCGAAACCCAGCAACGCGAUCUGCGCGCCGAGCUGCUCCAGGCGGAGGCUGCUCAUUUCGCCAAGAAGAACGGAGUUCCCGUGGACGAGCCUAAAGUCGAGACCGCCACACCCAAGCGCCAGUUGGAAGGUGGUUCACCCGGCGGUGAUGCAGGGACAGAGGAAGAAGAUCCAGAAGCCAAACGACGACGAAUACUAGAGGAGACUCGAGAUAUAGAUGCAGAUUCCGAUGAAUCGGAGGAGGAUAGCAGUGAAGAUGAAAGUGACGAUGAAGAGGACGAAGCUGCUGAAUUGAUGCGCGAGCUGGAGAAAAUUAAGAAAGAGAGGCUCGAGCAGAAGGAGAAAGAGGAACGCGAGCGUGCUGCGCAAGAAGAGGAGCAGCGCGAGGUCGAUAUCGCUCGAGGAAACCCGCUGCUUAAUCCUCAAGACUUCAAUGUGAAGCGGAGAUGGGACGAUGAUGUUGUGUUCAAGAACCAGGCCCGUGGUACAGAAGACAAGAGGGGCAAAGAGUUUGUUAACGAUCUGUUGCGAUCGGACUUCCACAAGAGAUUCAUGGUGAGUUGGUACUGUUGCAAGAGUCAAUGA